AAAAAGUGUAAAAAACCAAAUUUGCAUUUUAUUGGGCCAAAUAUUCAACUUGUCUAAUCAUAUGGGACUAGUUUUGCAAUUUUCUCUAAUUUCGAAUCACCCUCACUAGAAAAAGGAGAAACCCAAGAAGAGUUAAACACCAAACUUCACGCACCAUACUACUGCUGUGGACCACCACAGCCCGGCGUCCGCUUCCAAUAUCCGUCCUUCAAGGAAAAAAGAAUGUCAGGAAAAGGGGGAAAAACUUCUCUAAAGUCACCGGUUGGAAAUGGUGAAAGCUCUGGAAAGUCAAGGAAAGGAAAAGAAAAGACAGUUCAGUUUGAUUCCGAAGAUUCACUUGAAGCAAGUAGUCCGAAGUCUAACGGAAAGGCUGACCCACUAGCUGCGAAAGGUGGCAAAGGAGGCAAGACUGCAAAAGGCUCUAAGAAAACCUCUGGAAAAGCAACUUCAAUAGAGCAAAAGCUCGAGCAAGAGCUUCCUCCAAGUUCCCAGUGUUUAAUGGACUGUGAAGCCGCAGACAUCUUGCAAAGCAUCCAAGAUCAAAUGGUUAUAUUGUCUCAAGAUCCAGACAUAAAACUUCCAGGGUCCUUUGAUAUGGGAUUGACAUAUGCGAAGAGAAGUGGAAAUCCUGCAAAGCCUGAGACGGUGAAGAAAAUAUUCGAGCCUCUGAAAAAGCAUGGUGUUUCUGAAAGCGAGAUUUGCAUGAUUGUUAACAUAUGCCCCGAAUCAGUGGAUGAAGUCUUUGCUCUCAUCCCCGGGCUCAAGCCCAAGAUGAGCAAGCUAAAGGAUCCUAUCAGAAUUGCACUGGAUGAAUUAGCAAAUCUGAAAGAAGCAUUGGCUAACCUAAAAAAUUCACGAGGGUGGCAUUCAAAAGAUGUUCUUCAACACUACUCAGAUCGGCUGUGGCAUUCAGGGACUCAAGAGGCUAUGUGGUUAGAGGCAGUUAGAUGGGCUUUGGGUAAAGGAGUCAAUGAAGGAUGGAAGAAUCUAAGCUGCAGAUUGUACAACAAGAGCAUAGUGGACAAAUUAAACAAGAAGGUGGGAUUCCAUACUGAUAAUGCUGUCCUUGCUGCAGAUGUUGGAGUU